AUGGAACCGCCAAUCAUCUACUCCAAAGCUGAAUUUAUCGAGACAGAUACAGGAAACAAGGUAUCGCGUCGCGCAACGAUCGCUGGGCCACAAAAUAUCAUCCUUGGUGGAAAGACAAUCAUAUCCAGUGGCGCAAUAAUUCGUGGCGAUCUCAGACGAACAGGACCGGGACAUGCUGUUGUCAUCUCUCUAGGCAGAUAUUGUCUAGUAGGGGAGGGGUGUGUGAUGAGACCACCCUACAAGACAUACCGCGGAAACUUCAAUUAUUAUCCUAUGAAGAUAGGCGACCACGUCCAUAUUGGCGCAAACUCUGUCGUCGAGGCUGCGACAAUAGGAAACCAUGUCGAGAUUGGGAAAAAUUGCGUUAUUGGAAAGUUUACAAUCAUCAAGGACUGUGCAAAGAUCGCAGAUAACACAAUAGUACCACCGAACACAGUCAUACCAGCGCUGGCGCUUUUCUCUGGCUCCCCAGGCCGCUUUGUUGAAGACCUUCCCGAAUCUACGCAGGAAAUGGUGGAGGCUCAAACGAAACAAUACUACACUCGUUUCCAGCCAUCAGAACGAUAG